CCCGGCGUCAUCGCCUCGACGCUCCGUGUACGCGAGACUAGCCAACUUAUUCGUCGCUAGACCGCUGUCUAUCAACGCAUUGCUCUAUUCGACGAGCGCUGCUGCAACGAUUCGUUUUCGCGGCACGCACGUCAACAAAAACACGCUCUCUGACUCCCAGGGCUGCUGUUUCACGCGACCAUGGCCCGUAGCACUCGAGCAGCGCUCCUCUUGAUCGCCGGCGCCGGCGCAUUGCAGGCGCCCGUCGCGCCGAGACGCGCGAUGACCACUGCGCAGAGGCCCACGACGGCGCUCCAAGCCUACAACGACUUCGAUGAACGGGGCAUGCGCAAGUUCCGCUGGAACAUGAACGUCGGAAGAGAACCGUGGGGCUUCUCGCUGAACGCCGAGGUGUGGAACGGAAGAAUUGCUAUGUUAGCGUUCUUUUGGGUCUUGAUCCAAGAAGCCAUCGUCGGCAAGGGCUGCAUCACCGUCAUUCAAGAAGCGGAGCACUGGUGGCAGCUCAUCGUGCCCGGCGUCACCGCGGGCACGUUCUUCGUGCUCGUCGCGUUCGUGACCAACACGAUCGCGAGCCAGGACGGGGACGAUUUCUCGACGGACGAGAUCCUCGCCGAGUUGACUGGCGAGGCGCCGAAGACGGCGCCGCCAGCCCCGGCGGAGGAGAAGGGCUUCGAGCUGCCGGCGUUCGAGCUGCCGAAGCUGCCCAACCCGUUCGAGUAAACAUCCACUGUCU